AUGUCCACUCAAAAUACUCGCAGUCGCCGUUAUUCCUUUCCUGCUGUUUUUGUACCUCAUGGACCAGUUUCAAGACAAAGUUUAUUACCAUUAGCUCGUCCUAUACAGGCCAGAUCUCAUUCAUCGCAUGUAGGUCGUUCUUCAUCAAAGCCUGCUCAGAAAUUUCUUCAUCCAGAAAUCCCUUAUCGUGGUGAAAGGCAUUUUUCGUUCAAUUCAUCACAGACAAUGUUUGGUCAGUGCAGUAAUUUGCUUCAACCUCAUCCUGCUUCCUUGACGCAACUGCGAAGCCUCUCCCGGACUUCCUCUUUCCUAAAUAUAUUUAACGAAAGUUCUGGUAAUGGUACAUAUAGACGCAGGAGGACGUGUUCAGUCAGCUCAAACGCUCUGCGCGAACUGAAGGUUAAAUUUUUUGGCACUUAG